AUGCCUAACGGAUUCCCCAACUUCCGCUCCGUCCCCGAAGUCUAUCAGAGACCAAGACCCAUCGUCAAACCCACGAAGCCACCAGUCAAAAGCUCCGCUGAGUCUUUCCACAGCGAUACCGAGACUCUCAAAGAUGCCCCUAAGAAAAAGAGCACAUUGAGGUCAAUCAUCGAUGCUAUGAAUCAUAUCAAGCCUAAGCAAUGA